CAUCAUUUGAAAGAUUUGGGAUAAUAUAGAGACUUUUGCACGUUCUUUAGAAAUCCAUCCAGAGGAAUGGGCUUGUGAAUUCGUCACGUUUCUGCAUGAAUUAUGUUCUCUUUGGCAGCACAACGCACAUCAUUAUUCAGAUAAGCAUAAGGAUUCAACACGCGAAUAUGAUUUCAAGCCUUUACCAAACAGACAGAAAGAUAUAAAAGCUUGAACGUCUCAGUCAUACUCUCACAAGUCACAAGCUGUACAGAUUUGGAGGCCACAUGAACUGGAUCCGGAGUGUUCUGGUUCACACUUUUCUCUCACUGAUUUCCUCUCUUGCUUUUGGGAUACCCGACGAGUUAUCCCAUCAGUUAUCUGGAAAUGUCAGAGGAAAGAUCAUUUUUCAUCAAAUGGAAGGGAAUUCAACAUACUUGCGGGAUAGUGGGAAGCUGGCAUCUUGCUUACCCACCAUGGUUUCCUUUGAGCUGUCUGACCCGAGACAUAACCUGCACUCUGUCACAUUUAUAUACACAUGGGACAUGGGAAAUGGGGAAGUGCGUAAAGGCUCGGCGCCUUUUCUGAAGUAUUACUACACCUUACCAGGGAACUACACGUUUAAAUUGAGCAUUGGAACCAAUAACACCCAACAUUCCAGAAUGACUGGACUGUACUCUGUAUAUUUGACUGUGUUAGAUGCUAUAAGGAGCAUUGAAUUGAGAGGACCUUUAACUUAUAACGUGGACGAAAGCAGCAGUCUGUCCUUUCAUGUUGGAGGAAGUCCUCCUGUUUGGAUGUGCUGGAGAGUUUUGUCUGAUUGCCAAACUCCUAGUCCAGCUUCCUGCAAUUUAGUCAGGCUCCACGGGAACAUAUUCAAUCUGAACUACACCUUCACAUCAGUAGGAACAUAUUGCUUAGACCUGAGUGUGAGGAAUAAUAUCAGCAACCUCCAGACAUCCUACGACAUCUAUGUGCAGAGCAGCCCUGUGAGUCUUCUCUUCAUUUUACCCUGCGCUGCAGUGAUUGUUGCUACCCUCAUAUUCAUCUCUGUGUCAGUGUGUCGUCCUCGGCAGCAAUCCCUCAUGUCUAAGGCACUGGUCGCAGAUAGGAAUUAUCUCUCCUUCACAGACAUCGAGUUGCGUGUCAAGGAUGCAACCAUCCCUUUAUAGGGCAAUUCUCCUGCUUCUAAGACAAAUGAAGCCCUGCCCCUUCUUCAUCAGCCGGGGGCUUCCCACAACACCCAACCCUGUUAGUCUCACUGUGACCGCCCCAAACUAAAACACAUUUGAAGUAUUCCUUUCCUUUUGAUCCUUCUUUCAAUGCAUGAAUUUCAUUAUUUUGCUACAUUGUCAAUCUAUUUACAUUUGAAGCUAAGAUAGAGAAGACAGGUAUAGACAAUCCUAUGAAUAACCCAAAUCAGAAGCCAUGAAAGCGUUUCAUUU